GAGACUCAAGGAAGGGGAGGUGCUAGUGAACUGAAUUUUCUGGAAGGUACAUUUAAAGGAGCCGGUGGAAAAGGAGAGCUAUCUGUUUCUCCUUGCUCUUCCCCCCCCCCCCCUUACAGGGUAGGGGGCGGAUCGCAGAGCCUUCUGGAGCUUGUUGAGCGAGUCGAGGACAUAGCAGAGAAGGGUGAGGGCCGACCGGAGCCUCCUGCAGGAUGAACCACAAGAGCAAGAAGCGGAUUCGGGAGGCGAAGCGCAGCGCGCGGCCCGAGCUGAAAGACUCUCUGGACUGGACCCGGCACAACUACUUCGAGAGCUUCUCGCUGAACCCAGCCUCAGUGGUGGAUAACGUGGAAAGAGUGGAUGCUUUACAGCUCUCGGUAGAAGAGUUUGUGGAGCGGUACGAAAGGCCUUACAAACCCGUCGUCCUGCUGAAAGCCCAGGAGGGCUGGUCCGCCCAGGAAAAAUGGACUCUGGAGCGCUUGAAACGCAAAUACAGGAAUCAGAAGUUCAAGUGCGGGGAAGAUAAUGAUGGCUAUUCCGUGAAGAUGAAGAUGAAGUACUACAUUGAAUACAUGGAGAGCACCCGAGAUGAUAGCCCCCUCUACAUCUUUGAUAGCAGCUAUGGGGAGCACCCCAAGAGGAGGAAACUUUUGGAGGACUAUAAGGUUCCCAAAUUUUUCACAGAUGACCUGUUCCAAUAUGCAGGAGAAAAGCGCAGGCCACCUUACAGGUGGUUUGUGAUGGGACCACCACGGUCUGGAACUGGAAUUCACAUUGAUCCCUUGGGUACCAGUGCAUGGAAUGCCUUGGUACAAGGACACAAACGCUGGUGCCUAUUUCCUACCAGUACUCCCAGGGAACUUAUAAAGGUGACUCGUGAUGAAGGUGGAAACCAGCAAGAUGAAGCUAUUACCUGGUUCAAUACUAUUUAUCCACGGACACAGCUUCCAACUUGGCCACCAGAAUUUAAACCCUUAGAAAUUUUACAGAAACCAGGAGAGACUGUUUUUGUACCAGGAGGUUGGUGGCAUGUUGUUCUCAACCUUGACACUACUAUUGCUAUCACUCAAAACUUUGCCAGCAGCACUAAUUUCCCUGUUGUGUGGCACAAGACAGUAAGAGGAAGGCCAAAGUUAUCAAGGAAAUGGUACAGGAUUUUGAAGCAAGAACACCCUGAGCUGGCAGUACUUGCUGACUCCGUUGAUCUCCAAGAAUCCACGGGUAUCGCCUCUGACAGUUCUAGUGACUCCUCCAGCUCUUCCAGCUCUAGCUCAUCUGACUCUGAUUCUGAGUGUGAAUCUGGUUCUGAAGCUGAUGGAACAGUGCACCGGAGGAAAAAGAGGAGGACCUGCAAUAUGAUGGGCAAUGGUGACACCACCUCUCAGGAUGACUGUGUGAGCAAAGAGCGCAGCUCCUCCAGGUGACCAAGUGGUAUUGCUGUUGAUUUUAAAGGACAUGCUCACACUGAGCUGACAGGGUGAGGGAAGGGAGUCCCAUUGGAUCCUGCAGAUGAGGUGAGGGACAAGGAAAGCCAGACAAUGAGGACUGCCCUCAAAAGUGAAUCAGUUUGCUGUCAGUUGAUUUAAAUGGUCUUCUCCACCAAUUCAAAUUAACAUGGUUUGUUCUACAAAAGAAGCUAAGAACCGCUGUCUAAAUGGUGCCAAGAAAAAUAUUUGCAUUAUUUAAUAAAAUGGAAUUCAUUUUAUAA